UUAUUUUAGCAGUGCUAGUUUCAUUAACAUGGAUACAACGACUCUGAAAGAAUGCAUAAGAAAGCAAAUAGAGUAUUACUUCAGUGAAGAGAACCUAUUACGUGACUUUUUUUUGAGACGCAAAAUGGACGCCCAAGGAUUCUUGCCCAUCACAUUGAUCGCAUCUUUUCAUCGCGUACAAACUUUAACGACCGAUGUGUCUGUGGUGAUCGAGGCUAUAACGGAAUCUGACAAAUUGGAAUUGGUUGAUGGAUUUAAGGUCAGAACAAGGAUCGAUCCAUUAAAGUGGCCCAUCCUGGAUGCAGCUGGGAAUCCCGUUUAUUCCGAUUCGUCCAACGCAUCGGUACCCUCUCGAAACGAAGUAAUUCAUCCUUCAUCCGAGGCUGAAUUUUAUCCAGCUGCGAGACCCUUAUCAUCGAUUCCUGUUCCCCCAAUUCCACGAAUCCUCCAAUCCAAUUAUCAAUUACUAUCGACAAUAGGAAGAAUAAGCGAAUCUGAGAGUAUCUCAUCCUCGAUGGGCGAUAGUUUGAAUCCGGAUGUGCCUGAAUUUAUACCCGUAGACUUGACAAGCAAACUCGCAUUGAGUAAACAAGUAAGUCAACAACGAGAAAAUGGUCUAUCGAGAAAAGAUGAAAUAGUCGAAAUAUCAAAUUCCGUUCUUCCUGAACCAUCGAGUAAUGAAUUGUCUCCACUGUCAACCAAUGAAUCGUCGAGUAGCAGCGAGUCGAUAACCUUGAAUGAUAAAGCGCACAUAGAGAACUGUAUCCCAGCGAAAGUACAAAUUGACGAUCAGAAAUCAUUGGCACCUUCGUCGCCAUCCGAUAACAGUUGGAAAGAGGUAAAAAGGAGAGUGAAACAUUCGCAUAGGGAAAAAUCAGAAGAUAAGGAAAAACCUGGAAUUCAUAAAAACGAGGAACGAGAAGAAUUGGAUUUCCAAUUUGACGAAGAAUUGGAUACACCACCUCCAACUGGACGGCACAAUGCUUUUUCCGAAUGGUCAGAGGACGACGAAGACUAUGAAUUAUCCGAUAGGGACGUUAAUAAGCUUUUAAUAGUUACGCAAAUGACUGUUCCGAAUUCAUCGAGAAUACCUAAACACGAAGGUCAUGAUCGUACUGGUGAUUGGACAACAAGAGUAAAGAUGACACAGGAUCUUGAACAGGCUAUCAAUGAUGGAUUGUAUUAUUACGAAGAGGAUUUGUGGAACAAAGAUGGGCAAAGAUAUGGAUCGUCCUCUUCAAUUAACAAUUAUAAAACCGUAAAUGUCAUCAGCCAAGAGGAUUUUGAGAAAAUGGCCCCGAAACCUCCAAGAAAAACCAAUCCCGAAGUUCCUCCACCUCCACCGUCUGCCGUCGAGGACUUGGACAUUUCGCAACAGUCUCCUCCUGUUCAAGUUCCUAACUCCUCAGAAGGCUCGAGUAAGAGGGAAAGAAAGAAUGAAAAAAAUCGUUGGAACGACAAAGCGAAAAAUAGUAGAAGCGGAAGACGUGCCACUGUCCCAAGAUUUUUUGCAGUGGUUAAGGAUGAACCAUCGGUUGAUCCCCGAACACCGCGAAAACGAAAGACUCGUCACAGUAAUAAUCCUCCUGUAGAACAUCACGUUGGUUGGAUAAUGGAUGUUCGGGAACACCGUCCACGUACUUAUUCUACAGGAAGCAGCGCUGGAACGAGCCCCAGUGAAAGUUAUCUGGCAAGUAGUUACGGAAGUGCGCCUCAAUCUUUACCGACAUUCCAACAUCCCAGUCACGCCUUGUUGAAAGAAAAUGGAUUCACUCAACAAGUCUAUCACAAAUAUCAUUCGCGUUGUUUGAAAGAACGUAAAAGAUUAGGUAUCGGUCAAUCCCAAGAAAUGAACACGCUCUUCCGCUUCUGGUCGUUCUUCUUGCGAGAAAACUUCAAUCGUACGAUGUACGAAGAAUUUCGAAAUUUAGCCAAAGAAGAUGCCUUAGAGGGCUACCGUUACGGACUGGAAUGUUUAUUCAGAUUUUAUAGUUACGGUCUAGAGAGAAAAUUCAGACCCCUAUUGUACAAAGACUUCCAAAUUGAAACUAUAUAUGACUAUGAAAGUGGACAAUUAUAUGGAUUGGAGAAAUUCUGGGCCUUUUUGAAAUACUACAAAAACUCUGACGAGCUUCACAUUGAUUCACAAUUACAAGAAUAUUUAUCCAAAUUCAAGAGUAUCGAAGACUUUAGGGUCGUAGAGCCCCAGAUUAACGAAAUGCUCCAAGGAUUCGCCACAAAUGCUCGAGCACAGGCAGCGAAAAGACGUAACAGAAGUCUUUCCGAAAGUGGCAGUGGUAGUGGUACAGAUGGUUCUCCAAUAAGUAGAGUUCGACGACUCUCGGGUGGUUCCAGUACGGUCACUUUACCAACAUCCAAUUCCGACGGUCCUAACAACCAAAAAACACGCGUAGACACCGUCAAUAUAUCACAUUUUCGUAGUAGGGCGGGUUCUUUCGGUUCCGGAAGAUUGGGACAUCCAAGACGAAAGAACGAUCCAGUUUCGUCGAGUAGUCAGCGUGAUCUCAGUAAACAACAACCAAGAAGUAGACAAAAUUCGUGUUCGCUCGCAAAGUCUUACGAGACGUGUAAGGCUCAAGGCACUGCCAGACAUCAAACUAGUAACAAAAACGAACAGAAGUCUUUAACGAGUAAGACAGAAGGGAGUUUAUCGAUAUAUCAAAAGUGAUUUGCUCGUUCGUAUCACCUACGAACUAUCAUUUUCGUGCGGAAACAUUGAAGAAGAGACAAGGUGAGAAAAAGUCUAUCGCUUAAGACGGACUCGUGUAAAUUCAUGACCUUAACAAGGAUCAACGAGCGAGGAAGAGAGAGAGAAGGAGAGGGACAAUGGUGUUCUUAAAAGAAAUCGUGCAAGGGAGUAAACGUGAAAAAAGUAUCGUCGUUGAAAGAUCGAUUGUGUCGUCGUUGGGACGACGAUGGUAUGUUUAAGCCUUAAACCGGUAUUUCAAAGCUCCUUGCAGCGAUACAUCCUGUUCUGAGAAUUGUGCGAAUUAUAAGAGUGCCGUAGCUGUUAUCGCGUGACAAAUUUUUCCUCGAUUCCACUAAUUUUUUAGGGGAACUAAAAAAAAAGUUUGUUAGAGGAACUGUGAGAACGAUUGAAAAAGUCGAUUGGUAAGAAAGCCAGUCAUAACCAUUUCUGUGAAA